AAGCGGCGUGUGAGCGCUUCUCUGUGGUGCUUGAGGAAUAAGUUCCAGAAGCCGUCAAGCCAAUCACAGAGCGAGCGUCUAUAGGAAGCCUCGCGAGAUUCGCGCCUCACCUGCGAGUCCUUGCUACAUUCAGCGCUCUUCAGUGUGUGUGGGAAACGUUUAGCAGCGCCAUGUCCCGGAGAAGGCACAGCGAUGAUGAUGGAGGGCAACCUCACAAAAGGCGGAAAACUUAUGAACCUCUUGAUAUAGAAGAUCGUCUUGAGUCACUGAUAUGUAGAGUCGGGGAGAAGAGUACCUCCUCACUGGAAAGCAACCUGGAAGGACUGGCUGGUGUUUUGGAAGCUGACUUGCCAAACUACAAAAGCAAAAUCUUAAGAAUACUUUGUGCAGUAGCUCGCUAUCUGCCGGAGAAGAUGACUGUUUACACUACACUAGUGGGACUGCUGAAUGCAAGAAACUACAAUUUUGGUGGAGAAUUUGUGGAAGCUAUGAUUCGUCAUCUGAAAGAAACCAUAAAGUCUAAUGCAUAUAUGGAAGCCGCAUAUCUGGUCCGCUUUUUGUCUGAUCUUGUGAAUUGCCAUGUCAUCGCAGCCCCCUCAAUGGUAGCAAUGUUUGAAAAUUUCAUUGGAGUCACACAGGAAGAAGAAAUCCCUCAGGUCCGAUCUGAUUGGUAUGUGUAUGUGGUUCUUUCUUCCUUGCCUUGGGUUGGGAAAGAAUUAUAUGAGAAGAAGGAUGUAGAGAUGGACCGUGUUUUAUCACAAGUUGAAAGCUACCUCAAGCAACGUCAAAAAACCCAUUUGCCUAUAUUACAAGUAUGGUCAGCGGAAAAGCCUCACCCACAAGAAGAGUACCUGGAUUGUCUUUGGGCCCAGAUUCAAAAGUUGAAGAAGGAUCGCUGGCAGGAAAGACACAUAUUGCGCCCAUACCUUGCUUUUGAUAGCAUAUUGUGUGAAGCAUUGCAACAUAAUUUACCACCCUUUACACCACCACCUCACACUAAAGAUUCAGUCUAUCCUAUGCCGAGGGUCAUAUUCAGGAUGUUUGACUACACAGAUGCUCCUGAGGGUCCAGUAAUGCCUGGAUCUCAUUCUGUAGAGCGAUUUGUCAUAGAAGAAAAUCUGCACUGCAUCAUAAAAUCACACUGGAGAGAGAGGAAAACAUGUGCUGCACAGCUUCUCAGCUACCCUGGGAAGAAUAAGAUUCCCUUGAACUAUCAUAUUGUUGAGGUCAUCUUUGGAGAAUUGUUCCAGAUCCCAGUUCCACCACACAUAGAUGUCAUGUACACAACACUGUUAAUUGAGCUUUGCAAACUACAACCAGGAUCAUUGCCCCAAGUGCUUGCCCAAGCCACCGAAAUGCUAUAUACUCGCUUGGAUACAAUGAACGUAACAUGUAUUGACAGAUUCAUAAAUUGGUUUUCACACCACCUGAGCAACUUUCAGUUUAGAUGGAAUUGGGAAGAUUGGGCAGAUUGUCUGUCACAGGACUUGGAUAGACCGAAACCCCAGUUCGUUCGGGAAGUCUUGGAGAAAAGCAUGAGGCUUUCUUACUACCAACGAAUAUUGGAUAUUGUACCUUCGUCCUUUUCUGCAUUGUACCCAGCUGAGCCAAAAUGUGUAAACAAAUAUGGUGAUGAGAGUAGCAGUGCUCUGCCUGGAUAUGCUCUUGCGGUUACCUUGACCAAUGCCAUAAAAAAUAAGGCAGUUAAUGAAGAUGUUUUUAAUAUUUUAAAAGAUGUGCAAAACCCCAACCAUGAUGAUGAUGACGACGAAGGAGUAAGCUUUAACCCAUUGAAAAUAGAGGUGUUUGUUCAGUCCCUACUUAAUUUGGCCUCAAAAUCAUUUAGCCAUUCAUUUAGUGCGAUUGCAAAGUUUCAUGAAGUAUUUAAGGCUCUGUCUGACAGUGAGGAAGGGAAGCUCCAUAUUCUGAGAGUAGUUUAUGAUGUCUGGAAAAGUCAUCCUCAGAUGAUUGCAGUUCUUGUGGAUAAAAUGAUACGUACACAAAUUGUUGAUUGUGCUGCUGUAGCUAACUGGAUCUUCUCCCCAGAGAUAUCACGUGAUUUUACUAGGUUAUUUGUUUGGGAAAUUUUGCACUCCACAAUUAGAAAAAUGAAUAAACAUGUCCAAAAAAUCCAGAAAGAGUUGGAGGAUGCUAAACAACGGCUAGCCAAACAGCACAAACGGCGAGAUAGUUAUGAUGACAGCGGAAGGGAGGAUGGACCCCUGGAGGAGCAAAUUGAUCGUUUACAAGAAAAAGUGGAGUCUGCUCAAAGUGAACAAAAAAAUCUUUUCCUUGUUAUUUUCCAGCGCUUUAUUAUGAUCCUCACAGAGCACUUAGUCCGCUGUGAAACAGGAGGCAUUGAUGUGAUAACUCCAUGGUAUAAGAACUGCAUUGAGAGACUUCAACAAAUUUUUUUACAGCAUCAUCAGAUAAUCCAGCAGUACAUGUUGACUUUGGAGAAUCUGUUGUUCACAGGAGAACUGGACCAUCACAUUCUGACUGUCUUCCAGCAGUUCUGUGCAUUGCAGGCUUAAAUGAUAGCUCAGUUGGUUGUUGUGUUUUUUUUGUUUUUUUUUUUCUGCCCCAUUCAGCAAUACAGAAUUGGAGACUUGUAAGAAAAAGACUUUGAGAAUGCUUUUGUUGAGAUGAUAGAGAUGAAAUUAACUGAGUGCAGACUUUUGUAGUAUUUAAAAUAUCUGGUUUCAGAUCAGAAAUGACAUUUUGAAAAUAUACGUAAAACCAGCUGUGUUUUGGAUUAGCCACAAUUCUUUAGCUCUCAUUACAGAUGUGCGAAGUUACAGGGAUUCGAUUCGUCACGAACCUCGCGGCUCUGCAGUUGCUGGCUUUAGCCUGCAUAAAUUAGUUCAGCUUUCAGGUGUUCCGGUGGCUGGAGACUCUCCUAGGACUGUAUACACCUUUUCCAGCCCACGGGAGCACCUGAAAGCUGAACUCAUUUAUGCAGGAUAAGUCAUCAACUGCCGAGCCGAGAAGUUUGUGCAGAAUCGAAGUACUGUAACUUCACUCAUCUCUAGCUCUCGUGCUCCUGCCUUCUCCAGCUAUUUCUAACCAUUAGCUUAAACUAUUUUAAUGUUUUGCUAGGUCUCCUUGUUGUAAGGUAAAGAGUCAAGGGGAUUUUUAUUUUUCUCUACAAGCUGUGAAAUUUUUGCUUGUAUUUUUUCCCCCCCUCUCUUAACAUGAAAUGUUUUUUUGUUGAACGUGUCUGGAUUUAAAUACAAAGAUACUCUUGUUUUUAUUUGCGCAUGUUCUUGAUUGUUUUACCAGAUAUAUUAGGUGCUGUAGCAACAUGAUUUUGAGUUACCCAAAUUUCCCUAACAUUAUUUCACAAUGAGAGAGUCACUGGGCGAAAAUGGCAUCCAUGGGAAAGUUACAAGGUAUAAACUAUUGUUGAACAAAAAAAACUUAUCUUGAUUGUGCUGAAAAACCUGCUAGAUGACUCUUAGGACUGGAAAAAUAAUCUGCAAAGUCACUUUGGAACUAUAUGGAAGAAAUGGGUCCUGUUUCAUCUGGUAUAAAGCUAAGAUAUGGCAUUCCACAAUAAAAACCUCAUACCAGUCAAAUAUAGUGGUUUAAGUGUGAUGGUCUGGGGCUGCUUUGCGUGUGAAGGACCUAGAGAGCUUGUCAUAAGUGAUGAUACUGCUCACUUUCAGAAAAAUUUUAAGAAUGUUUGCCAAUCAGUUCAUGACCCAAAGCUUAAGUGCAGUUGGGUUUUUGCAGCAGAGUAAUGAUCCGAAGCACACAAGCAAGUUUGCCUCUGACACUGCAAAACCUUAAAGGGGUACUCUGGGGAAGUAAAGGAAAAAAAUGCCACAAAGCCUCCACAAUACCUUGUCUGGGUCCACUGUGCAUUCUUCUUGCGAUUCUGCGCACUCCUGUGGCCCCUGGUGUCCUCCAGGACUUUUUAACCCCUUAAGGACCAGACCAAUUUUAUUUUAGCAUUUUCUUUUUUUCCUCCUCGCCUUCUAAAAAUCAUAACUUUUAUAUUUUCAUCCACAGACCCAUAUGAGGGCUUGUUUUUUGCGUCAUCAAUUGUUUGUAAUUACAUCACUUAUUUUACCAUAAAAUGUACGGUGCAACUAAACAAAUAUUAUUUAUGUGGGGAAAUUGAAAAGAA